AUCAGUCUCCUCGGGUCGCGCGGCCUACACUGCCGGUUGCACUCCACCAAAACCCUCCCUUUACCCUUUCCAUUCCACCGCUACUUUGACUUUCGAUUCACUUCCCCCACCCAUUUUCCUCUCCUCGUCGCCGAUCGCAAUCGGGAAUCGUCCCGGAUAUGCACAAGAGCCGGCUCCAGGAGCUCUGCCAGCGCCAGCAAUGGUCGCUUCCGGAGUACGCCACCUCACAUGACGGCCCUGCCCACAAUUUCCGCUUUAGCGCUACCGUCACCGUCAACGGCUCCUCGUUCCACUCCCCCGAUCUCUCCCGGACAUCCAAGGAAGCUCAGAACAAGGCCGCGCUGGUCGCUUUCGAGCAGCUCUCUGACGUGGUCCCGCAGUCGCCGCCCGUGGACUUACCACCGCCUCCAACCCCUGCACCGGCCCUUCCUAUAGAUCUUGGCAAUCAAGUUUCAUACAAGAACCAACUUCAGAUAUAUCUUCAGAAGCAAGCUAAAUGUCUACCAACAUAUACCUAUGUUUGUCAUGCUCUUCAAUUCAAAGCUACUGUUAAAGUUGAUGAGCAAACAUUUGAGAGCGCAUCAUAUUGUUAUACUGUUAAGGAAGCUGAACAUUCUGCUGCAAAAGUUGCUUUGAUGUCAUUGUUUGGUGAUCAGCAGGAUGAUGGCAUUAUGUACAAGAAUCUAUUGCAGGAAUUAGUACAAAAAGAAGGGUUGCCUAUGCCAGAGUAUAACACAACGAGAUAUGGUGAAAGUCAUGUUCCUACUUUCUCUGUCACUGUUGAAAUCAAAGGCAAAUUAUUUCAGGGAGAUGCAGCGAAAACCAAGAGACAGGCAGAAACGAAUGCUGCAAAGAUCGCAUAUUCUUAUCUUUACCAAAGUAGGUCAAGCAGAUUUUCUUCCCAUUUAUCUUAAAUAUUGGAAGAGCAUAUGGAAUCUGAACCUGCUGCUUCAACAUUAGUGCCAAUAAUCAACACAAACUCUUCAAAGACAGUUGAUGGUGCAGAAGAUGAACAUGACCAUGACCAUGUACAGAAGCAAGAACCUGGAAGUGAAAUUAAAAUUAGCGAAAUCCUGCAAGGUGGACCAUUUUACAUUCUCUAGUUGUUCAUCAUGUUUGUUUAUAGUUAGCUAAUUGAUUUGCAACUGAUCUUGGCCAUGUCAAGAAUCAAGAAUGUGCAAGUGCCAUUACAAUUAAAGAAAUUCUGCAAGAUGAGCAUGAUCCUAUGGAGAAGCAAGGGCAUAACUUCACAAGCGCUCACAGUGAACUUCCCAUGCCGGGAAGCAGUCACUCAAUGCUGUGCAAUAGGGUCCAAGUUUAUCCUCGCAAAGCUGACGUGGUUUUGCCUGAAGGUGGAAUCACUCUACCCUUCAGCGAUGAUAGCUGGGUCGCCGUCAGUUUGGACUUCUAAAAUCCAUCAAGGCAAUUGUUCUUUAGGCAGCAGACCUUGUCAUGUUAUAACAAUGCGAUAGUGCACAGACCAGCUUCCUGGGUCAUUGCUACGUAUGCUCUUUCUUUCCAUAUCAGUAUGUGCAGAGACAGAUUCCUUGGUUCGUAGAAAGACAUCUUAUUACACAUGGUUUGUAGCUUGAAUUGAUUUUGAUGAGUAUUGUUUUCCUUUUUCUUUUAAUAUUAUCAUCUAUGCUUUUGUGCCCACGAAUA